UGGCCCUCAGAAGAAAAUAGCAUUGCAAAGAAAGGCUGAGGUCAAGGGUCACAUAAGAGCCUUCCCAUCGAGAACUGCAUUUUUGUGAUCAAAUUUGUUGGCAACACAAUAAGAGCCACAGUAUUUUAUCUCAAACACAGCUCAGCCUGAGAGAGCAGUCUCUUGACUCCAUUAAACUCCACUGCCACUUUCAGGCAGCUGUAAGAAAGCACAGGCAGCAGAACUCAUCUCCUUCACUACUGCACGGGCUGUUGAGGGAUCAACACUCUGUUACAAAAAUGGAGUCCCCCCUGACAGAACUUCCCACCUUGCUGUCCAAUCAAUCCAUGGAGAGCUGUCCACCUGUGGACAAUACAGUAGAGAACAUGAUCUUUGGAUUCUACUACAUUAUAGUUUUCCUCCUGGCGCUGAACGGCAAUAGCCUUGCCCUGUGGAUCUUCGCCCGCCAGAGAGGCAACUCUUCUCCAGCCAAUGUCUUCCUGCUUCAUCUUGCUGUGGCCGACCUGUUUUACGUCUUCGUUUUACCCCUCAGAGCCACUUAUCAUUUAACUGGGGAACACUGGCCAUUUGGUGAAAUCCCCUGCCGUCUCGCGGGCUUCUUCUUUUAUGUCAACAUGUAUGCCAGCUUAUACUUCCUGGCCUGUGUUGCAGGCGAUAGAUACCUUGCUGUAGUACACGCCGUACGUUCCCUCAAGAUCCGGCGCCCUCGUUACGCUCACAUAGCCAGUUUUGCACUAUGGGCUUUGGUGAUAGUGUCUAUGGCGCCCCUACUGGUCACCAAGCAGACUGCAGAAAUCAAUGGCUCUACUGUAUGCUUGCAGCUGUACAGAGAAAAAGCUUCACGGCGUGCUCUCAUCUCUCUCGUCGUAGCCUUCACACCACCUUUUACUGCCACACUGUCUUGCUACCUGCUGAUAGUGAACAGUCUGCGGAAAGGUUCAAGGCUGGAGCCGGCACUGAAACUCAGAGCUCUCCGCACCAUUGGUCUGGUCAUGCUCAUCUACAUAGUGUGUUUUUUGCCCUAUCAUUUAAGCCGUGCAACCUUCAUCCUGGGUUACGCACACCCAGACCUAUCCUGCCAAAUCAAAAGAGGACUAGCCCUGGCUAACCGGCUUACUUCCUCUCUAACCUGCCUGAAUGGGGCUUUGGAUCCCCUGGUCUACUUGUUUGCAGCUGAGAAGUUCAGGGGAAGCGUUCGCAGAAUUUUCUGCAGAGACAAGUUGGGUGGGUCCGGCGCUACAAGCGGGGAACUGAAAGGCACACAUGAGAGCUCUCUGAGUGCAAAGACUGAGUUCUGAGAAAGCGCUUAAAAUCGUACAGAUGGUAUGAAUAUUUUUCAUUGGUUUUAGUGAUUCGGCCUACACUUUCUGAUAGUGUAGGGACAGGUAAAGAUCAGAAAGCCUUUUGAAUAAAGAAACAUGUGAUUUGGACUUAUUAAAGCAACUGUAUGUAAGUUUAAAGAUCAGUUUCAAAAUCACUUUGAUGGUACACUGAUUUCUAAUAAGGUGAUUACCCUGUUAACAUACGACGUAACAGUUACAUAAUGUUGUUAGCUGGGUAGCUUCUGUUUUUUCCCCUAACUUCUGUUCUAGGGGUAUAUAAAGUUGUGAGUGGGUACGAAGGCUGGAUUGCUUUAAAAAUGCAUGUGCACAGCUAUCUACUGUAAUUACCACAGUGAUAUAUUAAUGAACUUCUCUCACUUAAAGUGGAUUCAUACAAGUUAGAAUUUUCAGGUAAUAAUCACUUUUUUUGCCAAUGUGUAAACGGCUUGUAACGACACUUAAAAAAUGAGACGUUCCAUGACUUCCUAGGUUGUCUAUAAAAGCCUGUGGACUGAUUUUUAAGUUGAAUGGUGCAUUCAAUUCAUGUCGGAUACAUCGUAUUUACGAGUUAAACACACAUGAACUCCACCACAAAAUCAUAAAAA